AUGCAUGAUUCAACCUUGCGAACGUGUAUAGUUGCUGUUGCUGCACGGCACUUCGCUAAUACAAACCUGUCAUUCGAUCAGGUCGAUGACGCUUUAUCCCCUCGAUUCGUGACUGCGAAUUUGGAUGCACUCCAUUUCAAAAAGCAAGCAAUCCAGGCAUUGUCUUCAUCGUUGUCCCAUCUCGAACCCUCUGGCAAGGACUCAACAAUGGCAACAAUCCUCCUUUUAAUUUUUCUAGAUCUCCUCGAGUCUGGCAUCGAUGGUUGGAAAUAUCAUCUCCAUGGUGCACAAGGCCUCGUCAAUCUUUCUCACUCGUUGCUGGAGCGGGAUGUCAGUGGCCAUAUUAAUGCCGACCCUGGGGAGACAGUAAAGGAGACCAGGCGAUUUGUCGCCCGACAGUUUUCACUUAUCUCAACCAUUGGAGGUGCACUCUCAGGUUCAAAGUUGAUGCCUGAGUUAAGUAUCAAUCAUGAGGAAAGCAGGCAUCAAGAGUCCAUUGUUAGAAGCUUUUUGGGAUGUCCUGGGUUCCUUCUGGGAGCCAUCCACUACUUCUCGAAUCAAAGACACGCCAUUCAGACCUUAAACGUGCAUGAUGAUAUCUCAAUUCAAGAGUAUGUACAAGAUACUCGGACCAUGCUCGAGCUGACAGCAAACUUCGAUUGUUUGAAAUGGGCAUCAGACUCUGUGCAAUUGAGAUCCCCCUCAGCAGCAGAGGUCCAGAAGCUUUCUUUGCUAUCUCAAGCGUACAAAGGUGCCACCUUGCUCUAUGGAAGCCGAGUUCUCCGUGCCUUCAGGGCAUCAACUGAGACCAUAACAUUGGCCCAUGACGAGCUGGCAUCACGAUUACUUGACGUGAUCGACUCUCUCAAUAGCGACCCGGCUUUAUUCAAGUGCUUACUUUGGCCGGUCUUCAUUGUCGGUCUAGAAUGUCAGACUUACGCUGAGCAGCAACUGGUAACUAAAUCCCUGAAGAUGCUUUGGAAUCUGACCAGCUGUUUAAAUGUGAUAAAUGCUUCAAAGGUCCUACAUGAAUAUUGGGAACGAAGACGCUUCAUUGACAACUCGGCAUCAGAGGAUUCUGAACUGCAUGUACUAGAACAAGGCUGGUUACUAAUUUGA